GCCGUGACCAAGGACAUACAUGCCAUGGAUCGAACGGUGCGACUCCCGAUGAUUCGAGCCAAUGUGCAAGCAGGGGAUUCGAACCCAAUUCUGGCCACACCUAGCAAGCCCGCGGUCUCGUUGUCGUCGUCGUCGCGCAUGAUGAAUCGCGGUGGUAGCGGCAUGGCGGCGGCGACCCCCAGAAGCCUCUUGCAUGUGUCGCUGCCCACGGCCGACCAGCUCAUGCACGUGUGGACGUUUGUAUGCCACUGGGUGAUUGAAAAGGUGGAGAUGGACCAACCAGCCACGAUUCCUGGCUUUGGCACGGUCACUGUCGGUGCACAUUCCCACAACAUUCGCAUACCCCACUUUGUGGCCAACCCUAUAUUUGCCAAAAAGUAUGGGCUUUUCACUGACGACAGCGCCCUCGCCCCCAUGUCCCACACGCUGGAAUUCCGCGACGUUGCCCUUCAUUGCAACAUUGACGAGUACGCUGCAAAGUCGUGUCUCGAGCACAUUGUCGAAAACAUCGGCGACCGCAUGCGCACCCAGCCGCAGGUUGAGCUCAGCCUCGGCGUCGGCGUUGUGUCGUGCAAGCAUCGGUUUCUAGACGGCCACAUGACUCAAAAACAACCUGUCCAAAUGGAGUCGGAAGUCCGAGGAGCUGAGCCAACACCGCAAAAGCCCGCGGCCAACCCCAGGUCCCUCAUGGCGAGUUCCAAGACGUUCUCGUCGUAUAUUGUACCCACGGGGCACAAAGGUCCGAGUUCGUUGGUCCCCACCAAGCCGUCGUCGCCGACCACGUCCCUGAUUGACAAGGACGCUAGCCCUCGAAAGCCUCGCAUCGCCCACAACAAGGACGUGAGACCCACAAGCCCUCGCUUGGUGCUUCGUCAAAAGUUCCUCUCGCGCUCGGACGAGCUGCCCACGACCGUCUUGGCGACGACGGAAAUCAUGCCGUGGAACUUGAACCCGAACCAAAGAGACCGGAUGGACACGGUCAAGCAGCUGGACGCCAAGUACCCGCCACUUUUGGAUCCAUUUUGCCGCACGCUGGGCGUCGAACAAGUCGACGUAGUCAACAAACUGACGUCGUCUGAACGCAUCGGCGUCAACUACAGUCUAUCGGCCAGCCACCUGGUCAUUCGAAAGAACCACCACGCCGCCCACGGGCUCAUCUUUAUCGACGACGAGUCCAGUCGAGUCCAGGAGCAUUUUGUCACGUUGCGACCACCUUCCCCGGUUCACGACAAAGGCGCGGAGCUUCCGCUGGUCACUACGUCUGGAAAACCAGUGUACGCGGCAGACGGGGUAGUGCUGACGUUGUCCCGCACCCGGUCGUUGGACGGCGAGAAAUCGGCUCGAACGUCGUCGCAGCCUCCAUCGCUGUCCCCGGUUGAAGUGGUCGAGCGGUACUUGCACUACCUGGAUAAAAUCAUUGACGACAGCGACAUUGUGCCAAUGAACCCGACGUGGACCGAGCACAUCCAAGCGUUGAUUGCGCGAGCCGUGAACAAAGUGCAAAGUCGUCGAAAGGACGUGCUUUUGGCGAGUAUGUUUGCCGAAACGUUGCAGUGCUACACGUACAGCAUCAAGAAGGCGAUUCUGGACUACUUGCUGUUGCGCCACGUCACGCAAGUGCGUCUGGGGAUUCCAGGGGGGGUGCCAUUGGAGUUCCAAGCGCACGACAAGUGGAAGUGGGGGCAGACCCACGCCACGCUCAUCAGUGUCACGCCGGGGUGGAAGGAGCGCAAGACACGUGCGGAAGGCCACGUGAAGCAGUUUCUCAUGCUCAUCGACACGCACUUAAUGGCAUUGCACUACAUGUGGGGGGACUUUGACGACUUGCUUUUGGUGGACGUGCCGACGUCCACCGAGAUGGCGCAGCAGCUGGCACCGAUUGACAUUCGCGCGUUUGAGAAGCGGCAGAUGGCCCACGCCGCCACCGUGAAGCGGACGCUCAUGGACAAGUGGUUUGCAAAGGCCAAGCGAAUCCUCACCGCCGCCAAGAACGACGAAGUGCUCGAGUCGGCGCUGUUGAACCCCAAGCAUUACUUUGACUGCAUCGCCACCCUCAUGUCGCUGCAGCUGCGCCGCCUCGUCGUCCGGUCCAUCGACGCGUACGUGGCGUUCUUCAAAGCGUACGCUCUUGACAAAAAAGAGCAGUCGACACAGGGCUUGCUGCUGUCGCUCGUGCUCGACCAAACCAAGAUCCGGUUUGACAUGGCGCUGGAAGACGUGCAGUUGUCGCUGAUGAACAUUUUGUACAACAUCCCCAGCUGCGUCACGCACAUCGAUCGCGUGGAGACCAAGUUUGAGCCGUCCAUUAUCCUGGGGGGGUCGCCGUUUCUGUGGGCCGUGGGGCUGCACGAAGAGGAAGUCGUGGGGGCUGCCGACGCUAUCCGGUCCAUUCUACAAGACAACAUGGCCCAUGCCCAAGCCCUGCGAACCAAGUAUUCCAAGUAUACGGUGGUCGCGGCCGGCGACUUGCCACUGGAGCAUUUCAUCGCGCAAACCCAUGACAUUCCUUCGUACACGCACGAAGUGCAAAAGUUCAUCCAAUUUGCAUGUCAAAUCGCCAAUGAAAAGGAUCAUACAGAGUCCAGUAACGGUUUGGAUCUGUUCCAUAUCGAUUGCACCCAACUCAACGCGGGGCUGCUCCAGAAAGCGUCGCACUUUAUUCAUCAGCUGUUUCAUGCGUUUUCAGACACGACGCUGCGACUAAACCGAGACAUUCGGCAGCAAUUCAAGCUCAUUGCGGGUCGGCUGGCGCGCAAGCCCAUCGACUUGCACGAGCUCGUCGAGUCGGAGGCGUACAUUUCAAAACUGCGCAACCACGAAUUACUCCUGUUGUACGACAACGUCGACAACGUCAAGCAACGGCUGCAAUUUCUCUUUAAAAAGUGCACGGUCGUGCAGCAGUGUCCUGCAAUCGUGGGGUUGUCCGUGUCGUCCGAAUUACUCGCGUCCAUCUCGAAAACGUUCACGUGGAAGCACCAGAUUGAGAAAAUUCUGCGGGAUGGCGACUUUUCCCUGCAGCACGAGCGGUCGCGCAUCGAAACGGCGUUCAUUGCCAAGCGGUCGCGCUUCCAAGCGGAACUGGAGGAGCUCGAGGCCGAAGUGAAUUCGUUCCAGAAAAAAAGCGACCUCCGGCACGCCACGACGUACGUGGUCCAGUUGGGUAAAGUCCGCGACGCGAUCACGCAGGCGCGGAACACGAUCAACAUCAUUGCCGAGGAAGAGGCCAAGCUUGGAUGGGUCCAGACAGACUUUAUGCAGCUCGACUACAUUUGCGAAACCCUCGAGCCGUACGAGCAACUGUGGCGCACGGCGCGCGACUUUCGAGAGUCUAGCGUCAAGUGGAUGCGGGGCAACAUCUUUGAGCUGGACGCCAAGGGCACGGAAAAGACCGUGCAUGGCAUGACCACCACGUUGACCAACGCGACCAAACAGCUGGCGUCGACGUCCCCGGCGGCCGUCGGCGCGGCGGAAACACUGAAGAAGCAGAUCUUUGAGUUCAAAGACUCGAUUGGGAUCAUCUCAGUGAUGGGCAACACGAGCCUGCGCGACCGACACUGGACAGAGAUUGCCGAGACAGUCGGGUUCAUCGUCGACCCCACCGAGCACAUCACGCUGCAGCGGUUGCUGGACCUGGGCGUCCAAGACAGCGUUCACAAGCUGCUCGACAUCUCCGAGGCCGCAACCAACGAAGCCGACAUUGAGCGGUCGUUAGACACGAUGUCGGAAGAGUGGCUGCACAUGGAGUACAAGUUUGUGGUGGCGUCCGACACGUUUGUAUUGGGCGAGAGCGUGGUCGACGACAUCCACAUCAAAUUGGACGACCACAUCGUCAAAACCCAAACGAUCCGGUGCUCGCAGUACCGCAAGCCGUUCUUUGGCCGAGCGAUCGCAUGGGAACGAAGCUUGCUCAAGUUGCGCGACAUUACCGACCUGUUGUGGCAGACGGGGAACUUUUGGCGAAAGAUGGAGCCGCUGUUUUCUGCGGCAGACACGGUGCACGCGAUUCUAGACAAAGCGUCCAACGAAGCCAAGAAGUUUACGAUCGUCGAUGGCCACUGGCGCAGCAUCAUUAGCGCCGUGGUCGCGCGGCCCCUUUGUCUGGCAGCCAUUCAAAUCGACAAGGCCACCGAACGCCUUCGAGAGUGCCUCGUGCUUCUUGACGCGAUUCUCGAAGGACUGACCGUGUGUCUGGAGGCGAAACGGGCGCUGUUUUCCCGGUUUUACUUUCUAUCGAAUGCAGAAUUGAUUGCGGCCUUGUCGGUAUCGCCCACCGCGCUUCAUACUCGUCCAACAUCCACGUCCAAGGCCCCCAUAACAUUCCUCGGCCGACUCUUUCCAGGGGUUGGUCGUGUUGAAAUGAAUGGGUCUCGUGAAGUCACGCACGUGGUCAGCACGUUUGAAGAGCCCAUGCAGCUUUGCCAGGUCGUGGCAACUGACAAGGUAUCCACGGAUGCGUGGCUCGGGCGGUUGGAGCUGCAGCUGCAAACGGCGGUGCAAGUCAUGGUUCGAAACGCGUUGAACGACUAUGGGAAAAAGGAUUUUCGGAAGUGGACGUCGUGUUGGCCGGAACAAAUGGUGCUAAGCGUCGAGCACUACAUGUGGGGCAUGCACAUCGAGAAAAUCAUGCAAGAUCCGUCGGUAGUUGGGCAGUCGUCCGAUCCUAUGCUGCAAAUGGACACGGCCAACAAUCCGUCCUCGACGCCGACGACCGUCCAAGCCAAACUGGAAGCAUACUUGGCCAACGAGAUUGACGGUCGCAUGUACGAGCUGGUGGCGGAAUUGUCCGACGCCAGCCUCGUUGCUGCCAGUCGCAUCAACGUCCUCACGAAUCUCAUCACGCAGAUGCUUCAUGCGCGGGAUGUCACGGCAGACUUGAUAGAGCAACGCGUGACAGACUCGGACGGGUUUGCGUGGCAGUCACAGCUGCGGUAUGCCUGGAACGACGGCAAUUUGCACUUGAAGCUGAUCAAAUCCAGCAUUCCGUACGGCUACGAAUACGUCGGCAACCGCGCCGCCCUCGUCAUGCUUCCCAAUACCUUGAAAUGUGCCCGGGUAUUGUUCAGCGCGUUUUCGAUGGCCCGCGGCACAAUUCUAAAGGGGUCGGCGGGGGCCGGCAAGACGUCGCUGUUUCGGUCGUUGGCGACGUCGUGUGCCAAGUUGUUCGUGCUCUUCUCGUGUGUGGUCACGAGCAGCGUGGACGAGCUCACACGGCUGUUGAAGGGCGUCGCGUCUUGUGGUGCAUGGUUCUGCUUAGAUGACGUGCAGAAUAUUGUGUUCCACCACGUGGGGGUCGUGAUGGAAUCGAUCCAAAAAAUUCAGGAAGCAAACCAUGUUCGGGAAGCGUCGUUGGUUCUGCAAGGGGUCAAACUGCGCCUAAAACGCGGCGGGCACAUCAUGGCCACGUUCCAACCGAGCGACGCCAAGCCCCACUUGCCCAUUUUCUUCAAAGGGCUCUUCCGUCCGGUGGUGGUCGUGGCACCCAGCUUGAGACAUGUUGCCCAAGUCCUGUUCUUCGUUGGGGGCUUCAGCAACCCGCCACGGCUUGGCCAACUCGUGGAAUACACUCUCACGAUGGCGGAGGGUACUAUCGGGGGGGUCGACGCCACGUCUCGACUCAAUCUGAAUUGCCUUCGCAACGUCCACACGAUUGUGAAGAGGGCGAAGCUGAUCUUGGCCCAAGAACACACGGGCGCGCUGCGUCCAGAAAAAGUCACCCUCGAGGAGCUGGUUGUGACCCACGUUAUGGCGGAGGUCCUUCGUAGCCAGAUCCCAGAAUCCGCGCUUUUCGAAUUCAAUGGCCUUAUCAAAGACAUGUUGCGUCAUGUUUCGAUGGAUUCGUUGAAAACAGACGUUCCGCUUUCCAUGGACGCCGUCAAGCUGGCCGUCGCCCACAAGGAAUUCGUGUGCUCGCCAGCCCUCGAGACCAAAUUGAACCAACUGCACGACGCGCUGCGAAACCACUCGGGUGUGUUGCUUCUUGGCGCGCCGAAUUGUGGCAAAACAGCCUUGUACCAGAUCUUGGGUCAAGUAUACAAAGUUCUCGACGAACGCAUCCAUGCAUUUAGUCGGCGCACCACCCCACGAGAUGCCGCCGACUUGUCGUCUGCCAUUCAAGUCAUUGCCCCUCGAAGCAUUACCCUCGGACAACUCUACGGGUCGAUGGCAUCAACCACCAAGACGUUCCAAGACGGCAUUUUGACUCAAUUCCUACGCAAACUAAACGGACAAGGGGACGCAUCCACAGCCACUCCGCCCCCGCAUACUGCAGCCGCACGGUCGUGGCUUGUCCUGGACGGAGAUGUGGAUCCUUUUUGGGCCGACGGGUUCAACACGUUGUUAGACGAUACGGCACAGCUGUUGGUCGUGACUGGGGAAGCUAUUCCCCUGCCUCCCCAAGCCCGCCUCAUUUUCGAGUCUUCUGACGCCGGGUCAGCCUCGCCGUCGAUGGUGUCUCGUUGCGCCAUCGUAUACGUCGGCCAGGGAGUGGUGACGUGGCGUACGCUGUAUGCAGGAUGGAUCGAACGAUUGCCAGAAUACCUCGAGGCCAUCGACGACAUCAAGGAAGCGCUGGACGCUACCCUCGACAUGAUCGAACCCGCGCUGGAGUUUGUACGCAUUCACUUCCAGCCGACGAUGCCUCAGUCCGAUGUCGCCCGCGUCAACGCGUUGCUGUCGCUCAUGGACGGUGCUUUCCGAGCCACGCAUCCCAAGAUGAGUUCCAUGACCGCCAAGCAAAACUACACGAUUGCGCAGUGCAUCUUUCUGCAGUCGCUGGUGUGGGGGGUGGGUCACACGACAGUCCACGACGAGCGCGUCAAGUUCGACACGUUUCUGCGGUCUUUGGCCGGGGAAGCCACGUCGGCAACGCCGUCCGCCGCGACCUCCCAAGCAGCAACCACGUCGCGCCACUUGACUGUCAACUCGAAGAAAUUCAACAUGUUUUAUCCAGCGUUUCGCUCGGGGGAGCUUGUGUACUCGUACGGGUUGAGCGCCGAAUGGGGCCUCAAGUGGGAACUCUGGGCUGAGUUCUACCCCAACCAUUUCUACACGCCCCCUCCGCUUGUCCACCGCAUCUCGGAUCUGUUUAUUCCUACGCCCAACACGGCGUGUGCAGCGUACUUUCUCGACGUGUUGACCCAGAAUCGCAGCCCCCACAACCACGUGCUUCUCGUCGGCCCUCGUGACAGUGGUAAGUCGGCGGUCGUGGAUGUGUUUCGGUCGCAAGCCGCCAUUCGAACCAAAGCCAUGCAGGAACUUCAAAUGAACUCACCGCCCCCGCCAGCGACCCCUGGGUCGUGGGAAAAUCCAGCCAAGGUGUCUCUCGCGCCACCGCCACCGUCGUCGUUAUUGUUCCUCACGUACAAGUUCAACUCGUGGCUCAUGCCGUCGCACUUGCUCGACGGCUUUGAAAACCACAUGGAACGGUCGAGGAAGAACAUCCUGUCCGCCCCGGCUAACAAGACGUAUGUGCUUUUACUGGACGAUGUCGGUUUACCCAUUCCCCCUAAGGCGACCCCUUCCGACCAGAGCUCGACGCUGGAAUGUCUUCGCCAUUUACUCGAUGCUCAAGCUAUUUUUGAGCCCAAAACCGACGCUGAUUGCUUUGUCACGGGACUCUCGUGCGUUGCAACCUUGACUUUGCGACCAUCGCUUCCCCAUCACAUCAAUGGCCGACUGGGGGCCAAGUUUACCCCCGUUGGAAUGACGUCCGUCUUGGAUGCAGAUAUGACCAAGGUGUUGACGGGCAUCACGACCUGGCUCGCGCAGUCCAGAAACCUCGCGAUGGACUACACCCAAAUGGCCACCGGGCUCGUCAAAGCCACUAUACGCUUGUACUACACCUGCGCAGACAAAUUCCGAACGUCACCCAAGUGCCCACAUUAUUUGUUUGGACUGACGGACCUAGUGCAUAUUGUGCAUCUGGUCAGUCGUGACUGCCCGGCGACCACCGUGAGCAGUGACAAGUCUCCCAUCGUGCGGCUGUGGUGCCACGAAGCGACGCGCCAUUUUCACGAUAGACUCGUGUCCGCCGCGGAUUCGAUGGCGUUCUUCUCCUUCCUUCGAGACAUUUGCGUCGGCACGUUUGGAGUUACGAUGGAGGCGUUGUUUCCCACGACAGUGAGCAACAGUAUCAGCGUGGCCGGCUUUUUCCCAAACUCGAAAGAUAUUGGACAGCCAUCUCCAGCCAUGACGAGGCGCAACAGUCGAGCCAAUCACGGCAGCAUCGACAAACUCAACGUGACCAACCUCCAGGGCGGUCCCCCUCCCCAGCAACUACCUCAGCAACCCCAUGCCGCACAGCCACUGUCGUCGCACAUGUACGCCAACUUUCAACGGCUGUGCUUCACCGACGUCGCGGACCGACAGCACUACGUCGAAGUAUCCGACGUGAUGGCGUUUGAGGGUCAAGUCGUUGACGAGCUAGCGAAACUCACAGACACCCCCGCGCGGCCCAACGGACUCCACUUGGACGUGGACGUGUCCACGACAUAUGCCAUGGAACAUGUGCUUCGGCUGCACCGCCUUCUGACGGACUACGCGCCGCCCACCAGCGCCGUGUGCAGCGACCACGUUCUGCUUCUUGGCCGACCGGGUACUGGGAAGAGCUCGUUGGCGCGACUCGCCGCGGCGGUUCUCGGGGUCAACGUCAUGUAUUUGAACCUCCAAGCGCCAAACUUGAAGACAUACGCCCAGUGGCGGGCGGCGCUGAACGAAGUGUUGAUCAAAGUCGUGUCAGACAACAAACCCAUGGUGUUGAUCGUAAAGGAUGCGUUGUUGGAUCGACCGGAAUGCCUCGAAGACAUGAGCAGCUUUGUGAACGGCAACGUCGUGCCAGAAUUUCUGUUCCAAAAGGACAUUGAAGCGCUCGGGCCAUCUCUUCGAGAAAAUGCCAAGGACCAAAGCGUGUUCUUGGAAAACCCCCUCGCGGUUGAAACGUUUUGCAUCCAUCGUAUCCAGCACCUCCUCAAGGUGGUUGUCGUGCUCACGACGGCCACGAAUCCAUCGGGCCUCCAAGCGGCUUUGACCCAGCACGAUCACCUCCUGCGGCGAUGUCGCGUUCAUUACAUGGACAUGUGGCCCGACGACACGUUCAUGGCCAUCGCCCGCCGGCGCCUCGCCGCGUCAGACUUGACGGACGGCCAAGUGACGAAGUAUGGCGGGCUGUGCCUGCAUUUGCAUCGGGUGGCCCAGCCAAUGGAGACCCGGACGUGCCCCAUCACACCGUCCAGGGUGCUCGCGCACAUCGUGGCGUUUGCGCGACAGUGGGCCGACCACACGCUAGCGCUGGAAACCCGCAAGGCGAAGCUGUCGACUGCGCUAGCCACGAUUCGAUACGUGGAAAAACUGGCGAACAAAGUGUCGACGACAGUCAGUGACCUCCACCCGGCCAUUCAUCACAUGCACCAAGUGUCCAAGACGAUCAACGUUGGCAUGCACACGGACACUCAAGCGAUUCUUCUCACGCAGCGCAAGGUGGAGGCGGAAGAGCUCAUCCGACAAGACAUUGAGAGUCGGCUCGCAGUCGAGCAAGGCCGACACGACGUCACGCUCAAGGCCGCGACUGAUGCGUUCGUGGACGCUCGGGGGGCAUUGCGGGCGGUGACCAUGAACGACAUCGGCGAUUUCAUCCUUGUGACACCGUUACCAAUGAUUGUCAAGCACUUGUACGAGUGUUUGGGUCGGCUGCUUCAAGUGGACCCUGUGGAAGUGUCGGACGAGCGCGAUGAGAACACACGCAUGAUGGACUACUCGAUCCCCACUAUAGCUUUGUUGCAAGAUCCGAUGACGUUGACGACAUUUCAAGCAUAUGGCACGGAGGUUGCCAGCGUUCUCCCCGAUAACGUCCUUGGACCUCUGACACCGAUUUAUGAAUCCCCAGAGUUUAUCCCCGCAGUGUUGGGAGCCACGCACGCAGUUGCCAGUGUCUUGUGCGCGUGGGUGCGAGCCAUGAUCAACUACCGGCAAACGAUCGUACUGCUCGAGCCUCAGGAAACCCAUUUGGACAUUGAGCGCAGUUCGUUGAAAUCAUGUGCGGCUCGAUGCGACGCCCUGCAUCGAACGUUACGGGAGCAAACUGCCGCUAUGGAGCAGACGAAAUCGUCCCGGGAAGAAGCCGAGGCGCAAGUCCGCGACUUGGCCUCGAAGCUAUCGGACCAUUCCACGGCAAUUGAAAAGGCCGAGGUCGUGCUGGCUGCCAUGGGAGGCUUUGUCAAGAAGUGGAAACUCACAUAUGACGAUCUCAUGGAAUCGACGGAUCGAUUGGCGGGGGACCUCUUGGUGUCCACUGGCCUGCUCAUGUACGGAAGCCACUUGACCGCGUUCGGACGGCGGCAGCUGUUGCUCCAGUGGAUGAAAGCCCUGCGUCGGUUAAAUCAAUUCACGUCCGAUGGGCUGCUGUUGCACUCCCCGCACCACGCAGUGAGCGAUUUGCUCGUGGAACCGAUGCAUAUGCAACGAUGGCUCGCACAGGGGGUGCCGGACGACAUGGUUUGCAGGGAGAACGCCGCAUUUCUUUCGUCGGGGGAACUCGUGCCGCUGGUAAUUGAUCCGCACCGCAUUGCGUUCAACUGGAUCAUGUCGAGGGAUAUGAGCGAGAGCAAGACGCCUCUCGUGCUGUGGCCCACCCUGGACAACGUGGCCGCCGUCGAAGCUGACAUGUUUCACGCUGCGUUUGAACUGCGCCCCGUGGUAUUUCCCUCCAUCGACCACAUCGUCAAGUCGGUGACGUUGCCGCUGCUACUCGCCCGUCGGCACGUGGCGCUGCAUGGCGCGUCCAAGCCGAAUGUCCUGGCUAUCCAAGACACAUUGAUCGAGUUUCCUGCGUUGAGUUCGUUGUACUUGUUCACGACCGACGUGAACGCCGCCAGUUUGCCCCUAUUUGCGUCGCUGGUGCACUGCAUUCACGUGGAAAUGACGCCGCAGGUGUGCGUCGACUUGUUUCGAGCGGAAUUUGUGUGCAAUUCGUCCAAGCACACGGCGCACCACUGGAAAGAGCUGCGCUUGUCCGCCGUGGACUUUGACUUUGAAGCCAAGCGCUUCGAAGACCAGUGCUUGGCCGUGUUGGCCACUGCCAAGAGCGAGGACACGAUCUUUGCCGAAAGCGCCAAGUUGUUUGAGUGGCGUGCACAACAUCGCGAUGCUGUGGACAGAUUCGACCAAGUGCAAAAUGAACUCGCCGACGCCAAGUACCUGCCGUUCUCGAUGGACGUGAUGGUCCAGCGCUUCUGCGGCGUUUGCUUGGCGUUCGACGACCUUCGCCAUCUCCGCCCUGUCUAUGGUGUCACAGUGUCGUACCUGGUGUCGCUGCUGACCCACGUCAUCGACGUCGUGGGGCGUGACAACGCGGUCGCCCUCGUGGACAAGUUCACCAACACGGCGUACCGUGUGCUCCAUUGGAGCGUCUAUGAGCCGGACCGAUUGCUUGUGGACUUUUUGUUUGCCCUUCGAUUGCAUCGCUCCAGCGAAAUGGAUAACCAUCCAAUCCCUCCUCGGGACGACAUGCUAACCCAAGAGAGUUGUGACAAUGAAAGUGACGACGAGGACGGUGACAAAGACGACGAAGACAACGAAGACGACAGCGCCGGAGGUGGUGCAGAUGCAGACUUGGACGCCGUGGCGGCGGCCUCGUCGGCAGCAUGGUAUUGGGCCCUCUCCAGUGCCCCCGAGUUUCGCUUUUUCGUCCAGCCGACAUCGCAUCCAACGCAAUUCCUAUCCAUUACGUGCCCGUCGUGGAUUCCGGCGACUGCGUCAUGGGAUGCGUUCACGGCGUUCUGCUUCAUCCUGACCCCCCAAACGCGGCAAGACAUCAUCAAAUCGUUCAAGUCGGAGCUCAAGUUUGCGUGGAAAGAGUUUGUCGAGUCCCCCAACACGACGCGCCUCUCCCUUCCCGUUGACUUGUCGCCACUGCACCGCCUCUGCGUCGUGCGGGUCCUCCGGCCGGAUGCCCUCGGGGCCGAGCUCAUGCACUUCGCCAAGGCGACGCUCUCCAUGUCUGUGCUCUCGACGGCGUUCACGUGGACCGUGUCCGACACGGCUGCCAUUUCAUCGUGCAAGCAUCCCCUCGUGAUCGUCGCCUCCCGCGAUAGCGAUGGCAUCUUUGGCAUUCGCGCCGCCGCGGCCAAGACCAAGGCGGACGUGGUCAUGGCGUCGUUGCAACCGUCGACUGCGGACGGAGCCCUCGACAAGGUACUGGUCACGGCCGCCAAGACAGGGCAGUGGGUUGUUCUGCGAAAUGCAGACGCCAACAGCCAGUGGAUCGCGGCAGUGGACAACGUAUACAAGACGAUGGACGUUGCAGCGUUCCACUGGGACUUUCGUGUGUGGCUGUGCGUGCACGACCCAAGUAUGCUUCCGCUGACAUUGACUCAAAUCGCCGUCAAGCGAUUCCAAGAUUGCGGCUCGUCGUUCCGGGAACAGCUUUUGGUCACGUCAAGUCUAGUUCGUCGGCCCACUUCCAGUGCCGACUCGACGGCAGUGGACAGCGACGGCUUGCGCCUGUGUUUUUUGCAUGCGUUGCUCAUGGGCCGGCAGCAAUAUGGCGCGUUGGGGUGGAAGGGGACGUUUGAGAUUGAAACCAGCGACUUUGAGUCUCUAGUCCACGACCACUUGGACCCCCUUUCCCACGUCUACGGCGUUAAAGUCACAUCAUCGUGGGACUUGUCAAUGCUUGGCGUGGUCAUGCAAGGGUACUACGAUGGCAGCCAUCGCAACGACUGGGCGCAGAUCAUUCCGCAGUGGGCGUCCAAAGCGCGACAGUUGGGCGGCACGGCGGGGUCGCUCAUGCAAUUGCUGCAUCGUGCGUCCAUUGCAGAUUUUAACGCCGCCCCGUCGUUGGCAACAACUCCGUCCGCCGCUCCGAAACUGUCGCUCACGGCGAGCAAGUUGCCAGACAUGCCGUUCGUGGACGACUCGACGUGGUUUGGGUUGUCGAAAGCGGCCCGGGACAUGCCAUUGGUGGCAAAGACCAGCGAAUUCGUGGCAGCAUUGCAGCGAUCGUUCCAUGCACAUCUCCAGGCACUUCCGUCGCUAUCAACCGAGCCUGUGAUGGCCAUCGACGACCAAGCGGUGACGCGGUCAGACGUCCAGCACUACAACACGUUUGAAAAGAUGCUCGAAGCGAUGCAGUUGGGGGUCGAAGGGACCAAGUGCCCUAUCCUCUACGAAUUCCCGCUGCAUGCCGUGGUUCACCGGGAGCUGGCCGGCUUUCGAACGAUCCGACAUGUGCUCGUGACCCAUUUGUCGCAAUUGCAAGCGUGUUUACUUGACGGCAUACUCAUGUCAAAGGAACUAGCCGAGAUCCACGCUGCCGCACAGGUCAACCUCACCCCCCUGCCGUGGCUCCGUCUGGCUCGGUCUACAGAAUCCAAUUUCACGACGUUUCAGUUGCGUCUCCUACGACAAAUGCGAUACUUUGAAUCGUGGGUGCAGGUCGGCCCCCCGCCCCAGCACUGGCUAGGGGCGUUCCUCGUUCCCAAGCACUUUUUAUUGGCGGUACAGCAGCAGUUUUCGCGGGGCACGGGCAUCGCCCUGCAAGCCAUGGGCCUCAAAACCUCAUUGUACAACGACACAGCCAGGACAGACGACAUCCGCGAGUACGCCGAUCAUUCGACCACCAACCUCCCGAGCGUCGUCGUCACGGGCAUCGACCUCGUGGGGGUCCACUGGGACGGCGAUGGGGCCUCGCCUGACAAGAAACUCGUCACGAGCGCCGCGGGGGCUCCCACAAGCGUCCGGCAGCCCCUGACCCUGCGGCUGUCUGCAUUCGUCGUGACCGAGUACGAAAGCUUGUUUGACGAUGCGGCGAGUCGACCGGCAGACGAGAUCCCGCUGCCCAUUUUUCAGUCCGUUGUGGCCAACCACAAGGGCGGCGGGGGUGCAAAGCAGUCGAUUGCGGCUGUGACAUCGCUGGACUCUGCGUGGUACGAGCGGUUGCCAGUGGAACCCGAGCAGGUGGGGGUGUUGUUCGUCCCAAGCGCCGUGUCCGUGGCAGAAGCUCUCAAACGAGGCGCGUAUUUUGCGAUUGGCGAGUAGGUCGAGAAUAGCGUAGUCGAGGUCAAAGUAGGGGUUCACGUUACUAGUAGUAGUAAUGGAAUGAGUUGUGGU